AUGUCCUCUUAUCGUCGAAGACACCAUCCUCAUCCUGCUUCACCAGCAAGGACCGCCAGUAACUACCAGCCCCCGCCUCUCGUCCAGUCUCUUACCCGACGAAGUGGUUGCAUCACUCCUCCAUCUCUCGUUCCACAAGAGCUGGACCAGAUAAAAUCGCCCCUGUUCAAGCUUCCAGAAGAGAUUCUGCUUCUGAUCUAUGAACAAGUAAUUGGCAACAACGUCCUGCAUAUUGUUCGACGAGCCAACCAUUUGGGUCAUGCUACGUGUAGCAACAAAAGUUCUGGGAGCCACGACGAUUGCCAAGAUCUCAAAUGCAGAGGAACGAAGCUCCCGAACGGAGUCUCCGUGCAAGAUGGACACGGUCGCGACAGCUUCAUCCCCUUGCUGCAAACGUGCCGAAAAAUAUACGUCGACGCUAUCAACGUGCUUUACACUAGCAAUACGUUUGACUUCGAUUGCAUGGAGUCACUCAUCUCCUUCUCCACAUGCAUCGUUCCUCAUCGAUUCGACUGCAUCCAGAAUGUCCAGCUGGACCUGCGUUUCAACUACUCGCAUUUUUUCUCUGAAGGAACCCCUAGCAACGACUACUCAAGAUGGGAGCGCAUGUGGCGUAUAAUAGGAAGUAUGAAGAGCUUGCAGCACCUCUGGUGCAGGAUCGUCUGGUGGAGAACAGACCUUACCGGUGCUGAAGAAGCACGUUACUUGGGUGAGUUGCUGCAGGUUGGGAAGUUGAGGGUCUUUGAAGUCACUUUACCAGCUUUGAAGUGGAACGAUCCUAAAGACAAGGAACUACAAGGCACAUUUGAGGUAAUCAGAAGACAAUCAAGCAAAUGA